AUGGUCACUACUGCCGCGCACUCAGCGCGCACAAGGGCAACACAUGUCGCAGACGGCGCCCUCUCGCCCUCUCAUAGUACAAACGAGACGUUGACGUCGACCUGUCCCACACGCCCCAAGUUGCCGUUCCUCACACGUCAUCAGACCGAGUGCGCGUGGCGAGUGCGCAACGCACUCAUCGUCGCCCCUCUCGCUCCAUGUUGCCGCAGUCUCGAGUCGUUCUCGGCUGCGGUCAACGACCGAGUCGCAGCGACAAGCGGCAGCCACAAAGCGCUCGAGCUCCGCGCGCUCCGGGACUUGAUAGCGGCAACAGCUGCGACAUGUGAGCACGCGCCUCUCGACGAGGCGCUGGCGCGGCUGUUUGCCGCGUUGGAACCGACACACGAAAGGACGCGAUGGCACGACGCGGCUAUUGGCUGCCUCGUGCUUGUGCCGGGCGACGUCAAGCACAAAGUUGAGGCAGCGAUCGACUUCAGUCGACGCACCAGCGACGGAGAAGAAACGGAAAACGACAGACGCGUCACGGCGGCGAGCGUGCGGGUGGCGCUGCGCUCGUUGCUGCGGUCGGUCGUGGCCGUGUUUGACCUGGAGAGUGUCGAGAGGACGACGACGGACGAGCGGCGAGUUUGUGCGUCGAUUGACUCGGUUGACGUCGAGGAGACGGUACGUUGUCUGUGGGCGGCACAGUCGGUACAGGAAAGCGAUCGGCUGUCGUUUGAAACGCACGUUUGGCCUUGGCUUGAGGCAAAAAGCGGUAGGAACGAAGAUGCCGCGUGGCUUCAGCUGCUGGAUAUGACGCAAUGGCCGGAAUGUGGGACAGGGGCGUUGGCAAUCGAAUCGGAGCUUGCAGAGGAGGAGGAGGAGGAGGGAGAGGAGGCGGCGGCUGCUGCCUUGAGCUUUCGCUUUUCUAGUGUAGAAGGCGGCGUGUUGACGAUUGGUGAGCAGCAAGCAGUGGAUUUGUACGACUUGCUGGCGCAAUCGGCUUUCACGCGCGUCGCGCCAGAGACGAUGUACGACACGUUCAUCCAGCAUACGGGAGACGGUUUGCUGGAGGAGGAAUCGUUUUUGGAAGCGAUUGAAGAGCUCUUGAGCAUGACGGACAAGCAGUAUUUGAUGGAGGAGAGCCCUUUUUUGGAGAGCAUGCUGGCCAUCUUUCGGUCGUUUCUGCCCGAGAGUUGUUUCACUGUGGACGCGUUCGAGGUCGCGGCGGGGUUCAGUUUGAUGGCGUGGGGAUCGAAGAGCGACAAACUCGUGUCGGCGUUUCAUUAUUUUGACGCAGACAGCAAGGAGUGUCUGAAUCGGCAGCAGCUCUGGAGGUUCUUGCGCUCUGUUCUGAUAACGCUAUUGCAUUUGUCACCUCCAGCUGAAGCGGUGCUGCGAUACGGUUCUUUGGCGGAAUUAGUCGACAAAGGAGAAGAUGAAAUCAUGGCGGCCAUUAUGGAGGGGUUUUAUGGGGAAGAGGAGCACGACGAGCGCGGCAGCAGUGAAGACGGUCAGGAAAAGGAGGGAUCGUCUUCUGUUGUUAAUGAAAGUGCGGAAAACAGCGUGGAUGGACCUGUUGGCGGUAGUCGUGAGCGCAUGAGUUCGGAAACGCAUCAUGGUCUGUACGCCUUUGAAGAUUUUGGAUUGUGGUACAAUGGAGGAGGUUAUAAAGCCAUGAGCUGGCUAGAGUUGCUGGAUCUUCGUAAGUGGGUCUUUGUGUCACCUUUGUUUGCGUUGGAAGGUCUUGAUACUCGUUCGGUAGAUCCAGUUGUGGCAAGCAACAAUUAUUACACAGCGAACAAUAUCCAGGCGGACGUUGAUGGAGAGGUUGGUGUCAGCAAGCCCUACUUCACGUUUGCUGAUGUUAUUGAUGAAGAAAAUGACGAGGGUGAAGCACUAUCAGCGAAGAAAGACGUGAGUGCGGCAUCUGCCGAAUUGUCUUCCACGUCUGUACUAUCGAACAACAGUAGCGUUCCUGCAACACUUCCAGCAAUUUGUCUGAAAAAUGAGGUCGUGCUGGAAUUCGACCUGCCAUUCGACACUGAUAACGAUGCCGUAACAGAGCUUCCGCUGAUGAGCUUGAGCUACGACAAUGGCGAUUUGAUUCAGUUCUUUGAAUUGCAGCGUGUGCUGAAGCUCAACCGGGUGCAGUUGUACCAAGUGUACGAUGCAUUCGAGCCGUAUAUGGAAGAACCACAUUCCACUUGCAUCGAGAAGAGGACGUUUGACAAAUGUGUAGAAAAGCUACUGCCUGUCGAUUUAGCUCCUAGCGUGGCGGCCGCGUUUGUUGCAAACAGCAACGCCCGCGUUCUACCUCGGGGUGUAGGUCGCGGAAAGGAAGUGAAGAUGGCGGCAGAUACACUCAGCCGUCUGUUUUUCGCUUUUAAUCGUAGCGGAACGGGCAAGAUCGAUUUGGUUGAGUUCGUGGCCGCUUUUACGAUCUUCUGUGCGGGCUCCAAGAGCGAAAAGUUGGCGUUUGCUUAUCGACUAUUUGACGCUGAUGGAGACGGCUGUCUUACUCGCAGAGAGAUGUGGAAGUAUUUGCGGUCAUUUUUGACUAUGCUGUUAGCUUUGGGCAAUGGUUCGGAGCUGUCUGCUGAAGCUAUUGCUAGUGUUGCAGAUACUACUGCGAUUGAGAUUGCCGAUUGCAUUUUCAAAGACACUGAUAAGACGCUUAGCACUCGGCGCUCGAUAUUAACCAUGCAAAACGAUGGUCAACGACAUAGUUUGGACGUUCCUACACCUGCCGACUCGGCCUCGAACAGGAUCCAAUUGCGUCAUCGAGGUCAGGGACGUUAUGAACACCGCGGGUCAUUUCCUGGUGACACCAACCUUCAUCUCGUUGGCGCCGCAUCACGUACAUCUGGUGCUGGCGCUGGAAGUGCGUUCAUUCGUGGAGGCGUCGUGUCGUUUGAAGAAUUUGCUGUGUGGUAUUCGAAGCAUGGCUACACGAUUAUUGCAUGGAUUGAGCUGUUGGACACGAAAAAGUGGCCAGAGGUGCCUCGUUCGGUGUCCGAUGCAAUUCUUCGGUACAUCAGUCGACAACAGCAUGCGCUGGAAAACGCUACGCGAAUGGGAUCAGAAGGCACUGGCUCGGGAUCUUCCAAUGACACGGUGUCUUCUAACGAGAGUUCGAAUCGGAUACACGAAUCGUUGGUGCCGAAUAUUCCUGAUUCCAACAUGACGCUGCUUGACACUAGCGCCUUCCGGACUACUGACCGUUAUGCAGUAGAAGCAGGCAUGGAUGCCGUCAGCGGCAUCGCGAAUCUUAUCACUUCUCCAACAGCAUCAACAACUGCAGCAAAAGAUUUGUCUUCGGUGGCACUGCAGUUUAAGAUGACGAGUUUUGACAACACGACCCUACGCAUCCGCUUAAAGGACGUUGCUAUUGUCUACACGAUUUCCGAACGCAUGAAUUUGAGUCGGAUGGCGUGCGGCGAACUUGUGCAUUUGCUGAAAAAACAUGCACAGAACCGCUCACUGACUAAAUUGGGCUACCUGCGUGCCAUGCGCCACCUCGUGCCACGCGACGAGCUGUCAGAUGAGGACCAGGAAUUUCUUUCGUUCCACUUGUUGCGUAUUUUCACGCUUUUUGAACGAGAAAGUGUUUUGCAGGGUAGUGGAUCUGCUGGAGAUGGCAACACUGGCGAAAGGGAAAAUCAAAGCGGAGCAUUUGCUAAUGGGGUGGGUACGAGCACCAAAUCUGUUGAGAUUGUACAUCUUGUCGCGGGUAUGUGCGUGUUCUGCGGAACAACGAAGAGCGCCAAGCUGAGUGUGUUGUUCAAACUGUUUGCCUCGCACGGAAUUGGCCACGUAUCUCGUCGCCGACUUUUUGAAAUGCUCAAGUCAAUUUUGGUGGUAUUGUUUGCUUUUUCAAGCUAUGAUGCUGCACGCGGCAGCUCGAAUUACGCAGGUUCUGCUAGAUCCUGUAGUGACAACUCGGUCGCCGAGCGUGCAGCUGGCGUUGUUAUUUCCAAGUUGUUCUCUGAGGCUACAUGUAAACGUCCGGACAUCAUUAGUCUUGCUGAGUUUGCAGCAUGGUAUGCAGCAGGAGGUUAUAUGGACUGCCCAUGGUUAGAGCUUCUCGAUCUGUCGAAGUGGCCGGCCAAGGAAGCCUUCGAGGCAAGCAAACGCGAGAAGCCGCUACUUUGUGCUUUUGACAUGCUUGAAGAAGGUAGUAUUCUGCACUUCACAGAGAGCGACAUAUCGACGUAUCUGUUCAUGCUGCGCUCGACGAAGCUUAGCGAGCUGAAUGUAAGUAAAGUUUAUGAUGCGCUACUAGCUUAUGCUACUCCGUCAGCUGAGGAAGCACUAAAGAUGUCCAAGGCUGUUGGCACUCAGAGUCGGCGGGGCCAGAUGUACUCGUAUGCUGCUGUUGAAGAAGAUGAAGGAGCAUAUCUCGUGUUGACGCGAGCAAACUUUUACGAGUGUGUGCGCAGUUUGGUAUCUAAGGAGAACAUGUCCGAGAAGGCGCAGCAGACAUCAUCCAAGUUACUCUCACGUCUGUUCAACGUGUUCGACCGCAAGCGUUGUGGUCGUGUGAAUGCUUUGGAACUUGCAUGUGGUCUGAGCAUUCUGGGCAGGGGCUCCAAAAGCCAAAAGCUCUCUUUGGCGUUUGACUUUAUCACUAAAAUGCGGCAGCAGCGCCACAAAACACUCGCAAGCUAUGCACCAGCACCUUACAGCGCUUCCGUAGGCUUGGGUGGAUUUGGAGUACAGAGUGGGGCUACAGGGGGACUUGGAUUCGGGAUUGAGAGUGCACAUGGCAGUCAAUUCUCGAUGAACAUAGGCUCGUCCGGCUUCCCAAGUACCCGUGAUUUCACGUCAGCUGCGCAGAAAAAGACAAGGGGCGGUACAACUCGUCAGCCUCCGCCACCAUCGAUAGCCGAGGUGAAUGCGCUUCCACAUUCAGUUUUGUUCAUCUACUUGCGGUCAUUUUUGCUAGCGCUUAUGGCACUCAGCGAUGGGACAUACCGUCUCGGGUUGGAGAAAAUCUAUGUGGAGGCAGAUGAUUUUAUCGAAGAAGCGAUGGGCGAUCUUAUGACGGAUGUAUCUAGCAAUGGAGGUACGGACGGUACUGUAGCUACUGGUCCUUCGGCUUACGGUAGUGCGCGCUCUCGUGCACGUGUGACAUUCGAACAGUUUGGCGAGUGGUAUAACACAGGCGGCUACCAGCUUAUUUCGUGGGUGGAACUUCUCGAUGGCAGCAAGUGGCAGCAGCAGCAAGACUUCCAGGAUCCGUUGAUGGGGUCGUCUGCAGCUGGACUUGCAUCAGUCUAUCAUAGCAAUCGCGUUGCCCCUCUUAUGGGGUCGCGGAACCGCGGCCCGAUUUCUACAGCGGCUUCAAUGGUCGUGGAGCCUCUGCAGCCACUUCACCAUUCGGUGAAGCCAGCAACACGAAGGAGACAAGUGCGUCAGAGCGACAUUGUAUCAACACCGUUUGUCCGCGGUCUUCCAACUCCAGGUCCAGGUCCAAAACUGAGCUCACGCGAAUCUGCCAGUGCUACAAGCCUCUGCUCGGACGGCCCCGUCAUGGUUUUUGCCGUGGCAAAGGACGCAGCAGAGUUGCAGUUUUUCAGUGAGGAAAUUUCGACGCUCAAGCUAUUCUUGCGGCAAACGCAAUUGCACACAGCGACUUCGUGGGAGCUACGGGGUGCUAUCCUGAAAGCGCUCGGUUCUCCCGCUACCAAUAGUGGUGGUAAAAUGCUGACGCGACGCAGCGUAUUUUUGCGCACGCUACAAACAGUAUGUGGAAGAUUACACGUCACGAAGCCGUCGAGUGGAUUGGAAGACCAAGUUGAAUUGUUGGACGACGAGGCGAUGGAGAUGCUACAUUCGUUACUUGGUGUUUUCGUGCACGAACCUGCUGCUGACGAUGCGGAUGGAGACAUUGCGAGCGAUGGUGUGGACGAUGACGAGCCCGAGGGUUUCAUGGACAUGGGCGCAGCAAUCUGUGGUUUGCUCGUCGUUUGCAAAGGUUCGAUGUUUGAGAAGCUCCAGUGCUGUGCAUUAUUGAUGAACGAUGGAGACGGAGCGAACGCCGGGAAGGGUGGGAAUGAGGAUGGAAAAGUGGACUGUCAAAUGGUGAAGCUCAAGACCAUCAAGUCCAGCCUCACGUGCUUUUUGAUGGCAUUCUACGGCAUCAGUAGCUCGCUGAGUGCCGAGAUAGCGCGCGACUCUGCCGACCUCGGUGCAGAUGCUGUUUUGCAGUCGUUUGUCGAAUCGUUGCCGGACGACGCAACGUCGAACUUUGACAGAGCAGUGUCGCUUCGCGCAUUCAGUGACUGGUUUAGCGCAUCCGGCUACCCGUCGCAUUCGUGGCUUGAGUUGGCUGAACUCAACCACUGGCCAGCCGCCAUUAAUGUCUGUGGCAGCAACGGGCUUCCUGACGACUUGAGCUAG